CUCUACUUUUUGUAAGUUGGUAACAUUCGCUGUUACAGUGUCGUUCUAUCUAUGUCUUUUCACCGUAGUGGAAUACAAACUUGUCUAAAAGAACGAGUUUUCUGUCGACUCAGAUUGGAAUCUGGGAAAAUCCGCUUCAUUUCCGACUACCCAUUUGAGAUUUUGACCGACCCAGAUCGAUUACGAGACCGAUUGAUCAGAAAACAACGAUUUGGCAAUGACCCAUCACCAAGUGUGAGCGAACUCGGAAGGUGUGUGAUUUUGUAGAAAAGGAAAAAGAAAAUGAAAUGAUGGUGAUAUAGAAAUGCAAAUCUUGUCCGGAAAUCAGAUUCAUGGGUACUUGUUUCAGUUGUGGAGAAGAAAAGGAACAAAAACUCCAUUACCACAAACCAGUAGACAACAAGCCAGGCAAUGCGGCUGCAACAUCUCCUACAAAAGCAAAUUCUACAUUCCCAGAAAAAUUAGAUACACCAGAGUCACAUGGGAUUAAAAGUGCAAGCAGCAUCUUGGUGAUCCCCAAAAAUGUGAGGGAUCUCCGCCAAAAAUCUGGAUAUAGUAAUGUUGAUAUCUUUACGUAUGAAGAAAUGACGCUGGCCACAAAGCACUUUCGGCCUGAUCAAGUUCUUGGUGACGGUGGGUUUGGGAUGGUCUAUAAAGGAGUUAUAGACGAGAGUGUGAGGCCAGGUUACAAGACCACAAGAGUUGCCAUUAAGGAGCUCAAUCCCGAAGGGUUCCAAGGUGACAGAGAAUGGCUGGCAGAAGUAAAUUAUUUAGGGCAGCUCCAUCACCCCAAUCUCGUGAAGCUCAUUGGGUACUGCUGUGAGGAUGAUCAUCGGCUGUUGGUUUAUGAAUAUAUGGCUUCUGGGAGCUUGGAUAAGCACCUCUUUCGCAGAGUGUGUGUCACACUAACUUGGUCAAAAAGAAUGAAGAUUGCUUUGAAUGUUGCGAAAGGGCUAGCUUUUCUUCAUGGUGCUGAAAGACCAAUCAUAUAUCGAGAUUUCAAGACAUCAAACAUCUUGCUGGAUGCGGAAUUUAAUGCAAAGCUUUCUGACUUUGGGCUUGCAAAGGAUGGGCCUAUGGGAGACCAGACCCAUGUAUCAACACGAGUUAUGGGCACUUAUGGAUAUGCCGCUCCCGAGUAUGUAAUGACUGGGCAUUUAACUGCUAGAAGUGAUGUUUAUGGUUUUGGGGUGGUGUUACUUGAGAUGCUAGUUGGAAGGAGAGCAAUGGACAAGAGUAGGCCCAGCCGAGAGCAUAACUUGGUCGAGUGGGCUCGCCCACUCCUGAACCAUAGUAAGAAGCUUAUGAGGAUUUUAGACCCUAGAAUGGAAGGGCAGUACUCAUCGAAAACUGCCAUAAAGGUGGCUAAUUUAGCAUACCAAUGCCUCAGCCAAAAUCCAAAAGGGAGGCCUGUUAUGAGCCAGGUGGUCGAAAUACUCGAGACUCUUCCGAGUCACGAGGAUAGCCGAGAAGAGGUAAUGCUUAGGAAUGGAGCUGGUAGUGUAACCCUUUUCGAAGUCCCCAAGGGCAUACCUGAAACACGAACAGAGAAGAAGAGAUGCCGGAUUACAAGUGACACUGCAAGAGAAGGUGAGGCUCCUCGAAGGAGCAAGAGUGAGCUUCCAAAGGAGUGCCAUUUCUAUAGCCCUUCUCCGAUCGAGCCCAUUGAGAGAUCAGCUUCUACUACAAGUUGAGCUCAGACAUCAAAUGUGAAUGGAAAGUGAACUUGUAUGAGAUCUGUCAACUACUCUCUGUAUUAGUAGUAUAUUUGUUAUAUCUAAUUGUUUUCCCCCUUGGGAGAACUCUUUCUUUUGCUAUCAAUGUUCAGAGGAACUUGUUUUGAAAUGAUUAAGUGACUACAAAUCUUUACUCUA